CUUCCAGAGCGAACUGAGCGCGCGGGAAUGGCGGACGCCAGCGAAGCUCUGGGCCUCUUGGUCACCGAGCUGUACGACGUGCAGGCUUUCAAGUUCGGGAGCUUUGUGCUCAAGAGCGGGCUCACCUCCCCGGUCUACAUCGACCUGCGGGGCAUCGUGUCCCGCCCGCGACUCCUCAGUCAGGUUGCAGACAUUUUAUUCCAAACGGCAAAAAAUGCAGAGAUCAGUUUUGACAGUGUGUGUGGAGUUCCUUACACAGCGUUGCCACUAGCUACAGUUAUCUGUUCAACCAAUCAGAUUCCCAUGCUCAUCAGAAGGAAGGAAACAAAGGAUUAUGGUACCAAGCGUCUUGUAGAAGGAGAGAUUAAUCCAGGGCAAACCUGCCUGAUCAUUGAGGAUGUCGUUACCAGUGGGGCCAGUGUUUUGGAAACUGUUGAAGUUCUUCAGAAGGAGGGCCUGAAGGUGACUGACGCCAUUGUGCUGCUAGACCGUGAGCAGGGCGGCAAGGACAAGCUGCAGGCUCGCGGGAUCCGUCUCCACUCUGUGUGCACAUUGUCUGAAAUGCUGGAGAUUCUCGAGCAGCAGAAAAAAAUCGAUGCCGAGAUGGUUGGGAGCGUGAAGAGGUUCAUUCAGGAGAAUGUUUUCGCAGCAGCCAAUCAGAAUGGCGUUCCCCCUCCUGAGAAGAAAGCAUGCAAAGAACUCAGCUUUGGUGCUCGAGCAGAGCUGCCCGGGGUCCACCCGCUUGCCUCAAAACUUCUCAGGCUUAUGCAGAAGAAGGAGAGCAAUCUGUGUCUGUCUGCUGAUGUAUCAGAGGCCAGAGAGCUGCUGCAGCUAGCAGAUACCUUGGGCCCCAGCAUCUGCAUGCUCAAAACUCACGUUGAUAUUCUGAAUGAUUUUACUCUGGAUGUAAUGGAGGAGUUGGCGGCUCUGGCAAAGCGCCAUGACUUUUUAAUAUUUGAAGACAGGAAGUUCGCUGAUAUAGGAAACACAGUAAAAAAGCAGUAUGAAGGUGGCAUCUUUAAAAUAGCUUCCUGGGCAGAUGUAGUAAAUGCCCAUGUGGUACCAGGCUCAGGCGUUGUGAAAGGCUUGCAGGAAGUGGGCCUACCUUUACAUCGAGCAUGCCUGCUUAUUGCAGAAAUGAGCUCUGCCGGCUCCUUGGCCACUGGGAACUACACCAAAGCAGCAGUUGGGAUGGCUGAGGAGCACUGUGGAUUUGUGAUUGGUUUUAUAUCCGGCUCCCGAGUGAGCAUGAAACCAGAGUUUCUUCACUUUACCCCCGGGGUUCAAUUAGAAACAGGAGGGGAUCACCUCGGCCAACAGUACAAUAGUCCUCAAGAAGUGAUUGGCAAACGGGGUUCUGAUGUCAUCAUUGUAGGCCGGGGAAUACUUGCAGCGUCUAACCGGCUGGAAGCAGCUGAGGUGUACAGAAAGGCUGCCUGGGAAGCUUAUUUGGGUAGGCUUGCUGUUUAAUGAGAAGAUGCUGAAGACGACCGGUGUUCUCAAAGCAACAGUGCCUUACGGUGCUCGGGGUUCUGCACAGAGCCAAUGAGAGACAGACUCUGGAACUAUCAUAUCAUGGUCUUUACAUGUAUCACUGCCUUGGUACUGUAAUAAGCUCUUUGUAAAGCUUGCUUUCGUCGAGACUGCUAUUUGUUGGGCAGCCACCACCUUUCUGAUUCCCUUUCAGUCACAUCUAAUUGUUGUGUGUUGUUUUUUUGGGGGGCCUGCCACCCAGCUCCCAAAUAAAUCACACAUGGAGGGUUAUUCUUAGUUAUGAACGCCCGGUCUUAGCUUGUUUCUUGCUAGCUUUUCUUAAAGCUUCUGGGCUUGUAUCUUCUCUUAUUCUGUAUACCUUUCUUUCCUCCUUACUCGCUGGGUGCCCGGCCCCCAAUGUCUUCUAUUUACACUCUGCCUGCCAGCCCUGCCUACCCUUGCUCCUGCCUUGCUAUUGGCCAUUCAUCUCUUUAUUAGGACCAUUAGGUGUUUUAGACCGGCACAGUAACACAGCUUCACAGAGUGAAACAAAAGUUAGACACCUGGAAAUAGUCCCCAACAUCUAAUGUCAGCCACUUACCUCGUUCAGUACCAUGGAGCAGGAGUUUUGGCUCAUCCUUCUCAGCGGUCAGUGUAGAAAGCCCAGUUUCCUCUGCAUCUGGAUGGCAGACUGCUGCAUCUAGGCAUAGUAGUACCAGUUCCCUACCGUCAUUAAUGUGGACUGGAGGUUCAAUGUUGCUCUUCUAGAGGGUCAGCAUUUGGUUCCCAGCACCCACGUGGUGGCUCACAACCAUCUGUAACUCCACUUCCAGGAGAUCCAAUUUCCCCUUGCUUCAGCUCCACAUAAAUGUAUAAAAACUUUUCUUUAAAUUAGUCUUUGCCAGUGCUAAAAGGGAGAAUUUUUAGUACAGGAGUGUGCCCAUUGCAGAUGGCCUGCCCCGGAUAAACUUGAGUCUUUUCCCCCUUUGGUUCACUUUUUUUUAAAAUAUUUAUCUAUGUAUUAUGUAUACAAUAUUCUGUCUUGUGUGUCUGCCUGCAGGCCAGAAGAGGGCAUCAGAUCUCAUUUCAGAUGGUUGUGAGCCACCAUGUGGUUGCUGGGAAUUGAACUCAGGACCUGUGGAAGAACAGGCAAUGUUCUUAACCACUGAACCAUCUCUCCAGCCCUUGGUUUACAUUCUUAAUGAGCAAAGCACCAUCACCAUGGUUUCUGCCCUCCACACAUCUUCUGCGGGGCCUUAAGUUCUUAUUCCUGCCAGAAGGAAAGAUCUGUUAGCAUUCAGCAGGUAGCUGUGUGUAUACAGUCCAGACUGGAGCAUACUGGUGUGUAUCAGAUGGAAUGGUAAGUUUGUAUGCUAACCAUGUAGCCUGCUAACUUGCUUACACAGCGCCCUGUAGUCUACACAUUCAUAAAAAGAUUAGCCACCACACCUCACUCAGCAAGUAUGCACCCUCCAGUAAAGUGGAGUCAGGACAGCUGAAGCAGCAAGCGCUUGAAGGAGGUCUGAUUGCAGCAUGAUCCCAUCAAGAAAGGCAUAAGGCAGGAGAGUGAGAGCCAUGGAUCUCAGGGUAAAUUUGCACUAAUGCCUGGAAAAUGCUAAGAAAACGUCCAUUCUAGGUGUUAGCUUACUCUGUCUCCCGACAUCUGGUGGUUCCAGGAGGCCAAAGGGAUCCUUUCAGAGUUAAGGUGCAAGCCUAAAUUGAGGUCCUGACGUUUCACGUCCACACUUACGCACGGUUCCAGAGCGAUCUUUCAGUUCAUUCCUAGGGAAGCAGGUCUUCAGGAAAGAGGUCAGAGGGAAAAUACACAUUAGCAUAAUGCAUUAAAGCCUUGCGGUAUACUCGUCAGCAUUUUGGGAAAUAGGAAGCAUAAGGUUCUUUUUGUUUGGGUUUUUUUUUUUUUUAAAGAAUUAUGUGUACAGUAUUCUGUCUGCAUGUAUGCCUGCAGGCCAGAAGACAAGAGGGCACCAGAUCUCAUUACAGAUGGUUGUGAACCACCAUGUGGUUGCUGGGAAUCGAACUCAGGACCUUUGGAAGAGCAGGCAGUGCUCUUAACUGCUGAGCCAUCUCUCCAGCCCACAUAAGGUCCUCUUGAGAACACUGACGUCCUGGGUCGAUCCACCCACUAAACUAACUACAGUACUGUUGGGGGUUGUGGACCCCCAGACCCCGAAUUCCCUGUGAGCAGCUUGUCUUUCCUAUGCUUGCAGCUGCUCUGAGCACGAGACCUUGAUGGCAGGCUGGUGGGGCUGCAGCUGAAAGAUCGAGAGCUGGGGCAUGGAGAGCCCUAUAUAAGCUUCCCCUGAGCACAAUAAA